GGGGAUAGGGGUUUUAAUAAUAUGGCGUCGCAGUCGGACCCUGCUGGAAUGAAAUUUGUUAAUGUGGCGUCCUUACUAACUGUGUUACAAGGAAGUCCAAUUCACGCCGCUUGCAUGAGAUUGGAAACAGCCAUAAAUGACAAGAAAAAGAUAUAUAUAGACAAAGUUGGUGCGUUGAUGUCCGUACUGGAAAAUGUCUUGACUGGGUAUUUGUCCAACACAACGCCUGAGCAAAUCGUGCUACUGUUUGAAUACUUUCACAGACAUACCCUGUACCUGAUAUUACAUGGAGAUUGGGGCAAGCAUAAUGCUGCUAGGAAGCACAUGACAGUCAUAUUCAACAGGUUUGAGAAUAUAGCAAAACGAAAAAACUUGCUCCAAGUUGCAGCGAGUAUAAGAUGUCUUGUAAAUCUGCUCUCAAACCCAUGGACGAAUCCCACCAUCACCAAGAUAAUGAAUGGUGAACCAUGCUCUGACGAAGAAGUAUUAAAACUGAUAAAAGCAGAGAUGGGGAUAGUUCUGAUUGUCCGCUUAGAGAUAAUGGCUGAGGCACGAUGCAAUGCUCAAGCACUUGCUCUCAUCGAAGUGUGUCUGGAUUGUGUCGCACGACCAGACAACAGUCAGUACUUUGAGCAGUAUUCGGAUGAAAUCAUCUUCAUUAGAGACAUCUAUCUUAUUCUUCUCGUUAGAGCCAAGAACAACACCAAGGUUCUCAAUGAGGUGAACAAGAUGUGUUUAAGUGAAGGAUUGAAGUUAGUUCGUCGUUGUUCAAAGGAAGAAAGAGUUGUACGCCUGCGUAAAAGCUAUAAAAAAAUGGCCGACAUAGUGGCAAAUAUUGUUUUGGCAUCUGCUAUGAUCAAACCUGUGGUGGAUGAAGAAGCACUUCGCGACUUGAUCCAAGAAUGGUACAACCUCUACCCUAAUACACAAGUUUUGUUGGGACUCCUGAGGAAGAUGAUUGGCAAUGCUGUUUCUUCUAAACACAUCUACCUCCUCGGCGAGAUAUUUGUUGAAAAGUAUGGUCAGUUCGAGAAGGCUUUUUGCAUUGAGUUGUAUAUUCGAGCUCUCACUGUCAACCUAAAUGAGCUUGAAAAGUACAAAUCAAACAGCGAGCAAGAAAAAGUCAAAGAGUCUGAAGUUCAGUUAUCACAUGGAUUUUUGUUGUUGGCUGAUUAUCUGAGAGAUGACAUUUUGACUUGUCGUGAAUGUAUUUUGACCGCUUUCUCUCUGAAUCCAACAACAUGUUGCUACCAAAGGAUCAAUGACCUAGCAGUGGCUAGUGGCAAAGUAAGCAGUGAAAUCGACGACAAUUGUGAAAACAACCAGUCGUCAAUAAACUGCAAAAAAAGUUCUCUAGAAAAUCAUGAUCCUGGAAUGAAAAUAGACACAGGCCAGCCAAAUGAAACCGAGUCGUUGAAUCACGAGGCUGAAACAAGAGAAAAGCAAACAAAGAUAGUGGAAACUGACUCAAUUGCUGACGGUGGGAAGACUGAGGAAUCAACUUCGCCAAUACACAUUUCUGAUGCACAAAAAAUGGGUAUAUCCCAAAGACUGUAUGACGACUUAACAACAGUUAUUGGAAGUGCUCGAUACCAAGUUCUAAACUGGCACCUUGAUUGGUCAGAACUAAGCUCCAGAUGUGAUUCUUACAUCAUUUCAGAAAAAGAACAUAGAAGUACAGAAAAAGAACUCAAAUAUCUCAAUAUCGACUACAACCAAUUCAAGGAUUGGCCAAGAGACAAAAUGUAUGAUACUGGAAUUGAAAAAGGGUUUGAAGGGUUUGUUGAAACAGACUCAGAAGAAGAAUUAACGGAUACAUCAUCUGACCCUCCUAAAACAAAACAGUCAAAGCGUAAUCUGGAGGAGGAUUCUUUGGAUUCCAUGGAAAACCCGAUGGAAAAACCAGUUAAGACCAUAAAAACUUCACUUAACACUAAUUUAAAUGAUGAAUUUCUCCCCAAAUCCACAAAGAAACAAGAAAGAAGUAAGAGGAAAGCUUUAGCUUUAGUUUACGAUAGUGAUGCAGCUGUUCAAGAUGUACAAUCAAGUUAUUUAAAUGAAAACGUUGAAUCUAAAUUAGCCAAGAACAAUGCUAGAAAAAACAAAAUUCAGAAAAAUGUUCAAAAAACCCGUUCUUUGUUAAAGAAAAACAAAUCAGGGUUUGAAACGAUAUCCACCCCAGUUGUACAUUUUCCUCAAUAUGGUCCUCCAGAUUUAUUAGACAUUGUCAGUAUUGAAGAAGAUGCCACUAGAGUAAGUGUUUCUCCUUUGAUAUCAACUGAAGAAUAUUUGUCACUGUGUAAAAAGAGCAAAGAAACAAGUAAGAAUCAAGAAAUGACUUCAAACAAGACAACAGAUUAUUCUGUUCGGAAACACAACACAGUUCAAACAGUUAAAAAUAACAAUCUUAAUGCUGAUAUUUCCAAGGCAAAACAAAGCUAUACUUUGGCAGAUGGUGCAAGAAAAAUCUUUUCUCCAUUAAUACAACUAGACGACUGUAUUUCACCAUUAAAAAUAAACAAUGAAGCUCACAGGAUCCUUGAAACCACUUCUAACAUGCCUCAAGAUAAUCCAACAAUUAAUAACUCUACUCAAACUGGGGAUCAAAAAAUAAUCACUGCAACAAAAGAAAAACCAAACUACUGUAUAGCAGAGAAUGACUUGACCAUUAACUCUACAUUGUCUCCAUUUAGCAGUCCAUCUAAGUCGAGUGACCCUACAGUAUUAAAAUCUCUACGAAUGUACCGUUCAAAGAAAACCGGCCCAGAUAGUGGGAAUGGGUCUCCUGAAAAACCACAAGAAAGAUGCAGUAGAUUUUCACCUAUGUUAAGCACAGUCGACCUACACCCCCGAAUUCUAAGCAGAUCAAAAAAGAGUGGUAACCCUGAAGUCAUAAAUAUUGAUGUUAAUUCAAAAAGUUGUAAAACAGAAAUCAUUAGUCUUGAUGAUAGCGAACCCGAAAUAAUUGAUCUAGUGAUUUCUGAUGAUGAAGAAGAAGAUUGCAGGAAAUGUGUUAUGAAUUCAAUAAAUUCAUCCUCAUUCCCAACUAAAGUUCCCCAUGAAAUUACUAACAAAAUGAAAUUGACUUUUGACAGUGUUUUGAAAUCAAAAUCGGCCAAUAGAAAAAGUGCAUUCUCAAAACCUAAUUCAAUCAACGAUCUCGCUCGAAAUCUUGGUUUGAAAUCAGUGGAUAUGAUAAGGCCAGCAACCACAGAAACUACAGUUCAGGUCGUCCAGUUGUCUAGUUCUGUUCGGUCCUUGGUUACAUCUAACAGUAACACAAAUCCCAACACGACUAUUGUACAAUCUGUUGCACAGCAAACAUCAUCAUCGUUGGGUCAAGUAUCGAGUACUAACUCAACCUCAAAUAUAGCAACAAUAAUUUAUACAAUGCCCCAACAAUCAACCUCGGUGUCAUUUCCUGCAAUUUCUAACAGUACAUUAGUGUCCAACUCAAACAUCUUGUACACUAUGCCUCCUCAAUCUUCUACUGCCACUCAAGUAAGGAGCACAACAUCAUUGACUAGUGACACUUCUUCGAAACCGACAGUAACUAACAGUACGAUUGGUCCUAGUCGAAUCCUGAGUUCUACGGGGUCUCAAGCAAGCAUCAACAAUGCUCCAUUAACUUUUACAUCUAUGAGUACGCCCGUUAGACACUUUUACAGUUCAGCAAGGCAAAUAUUUCCUCAGAAUCAAGCAAUUUAUGGAGCUAGACAAAGUCCAGAUAGAAAUUUACUGAGCCCAGUUCUCACCAACCAGCCAUCUUCGAUGAACAUUCGCAGAAAUACUCCUUCACCCCGUGAAACAGUGGUAGCCAACACUGAAACUACAAAUGUACCGAUAAAUGUAAUUAGGGUAGAACGAAUUUCACUUGUUCCAUCUUCUGAGUCGAAUCAGCCAAUGCCGAACCUGUCUCCAAUCAAAAGUUCUACCAAUUCCAGACCACAAGCAAGUUGUGUUAGUAGACAACAGUUAUUCAUGCGUAAUACUGUAGCCAGAGUAACCACUAACACAUCAACCCAGUCUCACCCUGUUGUAACAUCAUCUAGAGGACAAACAACUCUUCCUUCAACCAUUACAACUUCAACUCUUACCACCAGUAGAAGUAUGCCAGUUACUGCUCACAUCCAGCGAGUGGGAUACCCACCAGAGACUUCACAUAGUAGUGCUGGAGUACAAUUAAAAUACAUUUUUAAGGAGGGAGUGUUGAGCACAACAAAUGAAAAGCAAAUAGAAGAAAGUGAAGCCGAUUCAAAUAGUGUCGCGAUGGUUUUGAGUUCAGAACAAAUCCAACAGUUGUUACCAAAAUCCACGUUGCAAGAAAAAACAAGUGAUCAGGAAGAUAAUCGCAACCAAGGAGCCAGUUUACCAAAAUUCCAACAAGCUUUUGGAAGAACUAUGUAUCAAAACCCCUCAGCCUCUGGAGGUAGUACCUCAAAUAGUGAUACACCUGCACUGAAUUUUGUUCAACAAAUUCAACCUUCAAAUUCUAACUCUGAUACAACUUCUUCGAUUUGCACUGUACUAUCCAAAGCAGUGCAAACCACAACUAAGGAAUCAGAAGUGGUUAAUAAAGGUUUUCUUCAGUCCAACAAUAUAAAUGAACAUUCAAAUCAGCGCAAAUUGACAUUAACUGGUAGUACUUCAACAUCUACAACUGUUCAGACUGUUGCUGUAAGUACAGCUACAACUCCAAUUGAAACUCAACAGACACCAUCAAAUUCACAAACUAAAAUAAGAUCUAAUGAAAGAUCUACUCUUCUACAACAGACUCCAGUUAAAAUUUUAACACUGGCUGGAACAAAUUUACUCCAAGGUAAAUCAGUUGCGAUUCUGAAAACAGCUGUGUCUCAAGAAAAACUUAAUCAAGCUCAAGUAAAAUAUGAAGGUGAUAGUAGGUCGAAGGAAACAGUAAUUCGCAGCAAUAUGACCAAUAUGAGUGCUUUGUUAGCUGCUGCUUUACAACAACAGCCCCAAUUAAGACAGGUUACCUCUGGAAUUAAUAACCCAGGAGUAUCAACACAAGUUCACUUGAAAACCUCUCAAGAUGUUGAGAAGAAGAAACUAGAACAAAUUAAUUCCAAAAGUCAGCCUCAAAAGAGUAUCCGCAAAAUACCUAUACAGAAUCAAUCCACGUCGAGAUAUAAACCACUUUUGCAAGUAUCAAAUGCAGGAGGUAAUCAAAAUGUGUCCUCCUCUACUCCUGUAGUGACUAUACCUAUAAGAACAGUUUUAGCUACGGGCCAACAAAAUUCAACUUCUACUCGUCUCAGCACUGAAAGAGUUGAAGUCAGAUCAGAAAAUUUAGUGAGCCCUUCUCCUCCUGACGAUCCAUCAGGAAGCUCCUUAUUAGACCAACAGUUGAAAGAGUUUGAAUCAGUGUUCAAUAAAGUUAAAAAGACAUCACAGAUGAAAGAAAGAACAAACUCUACCACCGUUCAAAUUCAACCCCAUUUGAGUCUUGGACAGCAGAUACUUCUUACUCAGCCUUCGAGUUCAUCAAAUGUAGAAUUUACUAGUACAAGUACAAAUCAAACAGCCCUCUUUCAGUCAACCUCUACAAGUACAAUACAUGACCUCCAAGGUGAAAGAGUUAGUUUAACAUUUAUCAGUCAGCCAGCUACAGGUGCUACAAACACUUUGAUUCCUGGAGCAAGUCAAAAAAUCACUUCUGCCACUCCAGUAGUAGUUGUUCAAAGUUGUAGUAAACCUGUAACAUCUCCUGCCCUCAGUGUAACAUCUCAAAGUUCUUCCAGUCCAGCGCCCCCUUCUACCCCUGGCAGCUCAUCAGGAAAGAUAAGCACAACUGCUAUUGUGAAACAAAACAAGUCCAACAAGGCAAAAACUGCCACCAAAACAGCUCCUACGACUACUUUGAAAGUAUCAACACUGCCAAAACCACAACAGAAACCCCAAGAGGAUGAACAAACGACUCAGAGAAUAUACGCUAUUCUAGAUAAGUAUGCUGAACAGUUGCGUAAUUCUCCUGAACUCAAGAACAAACCAGCGCCAAGAAGAAGAUCUAAUCCUCCUACAAAUCCUAACCAAAAUUCAAAAAGGAAGAAGUCAACCCAAACAAAAUCUAAAUUACCUUCUCAACAAGCUUCAUGUUCUUCUUCUGCAAUGGAAAUGAGCCCUGGAUCUGAGGAUAUGAGAACUAUUGGAAGUGAAGAUAGCUCUAACGGAGUAAGCCAACUUUCUCAAACCCUUAAUUCACCCCAAAGUAGGCAAGACGACCCCUCAACUCCCACCGGAGAUGUUUCUUCAGAAACAUCAGAAUCCUUGGAUUCUCGGGACACACGUAUACAAUCAAGGGUUGUUUUAGCAGAAACAUCAACUGGUCAAAGUAGGACAGUUAUAGUUCAAGACAAUGUGCCUACUCAAGUACUCAAUGUAGAUGCAUCAAAGCUUCUUCCCGGUAAGCCAGUAGUUGUUGCAUCUCAAGCUAUUGUACCCCAACUAGUUUUACCCACUAAUGUAGGAGGUGUACAAAAAAUGCAACUAUUUCCAGUACCUGCAGACGGACGACAGUUUGUUACAAAGUUUGUCACAAAACUUCCUAAGGCGUACAGAGUCCAUCAACUGACUGUGCCAAGAGGUGCUCCAUCCCUUCUCGCUCCAGGUGCAGUUGUUCGAAUACCACGUCCCUCAUCAGCUGUAAAACAAGUAAAACUACCUGUCAGCGGAAUAACAACACAAAACCUGAGCAACGUGUUAACACCUGGGAGCCACACUUUCACUGUAACUCACGAUACAGGCAUAGACAUAAAUUUAGAUAAUGCCAUUUUGUUAAAUUCAACACCGCAACAGUCAAUAAGUUUUGUGCACCGUAGUGUUCCUUCGUCGUCCUACCAAAGUCAAGAUAGUCCAGUUGGAACUACUGCUACUGUAACUAGUUCUCCCUCCAUCCAGAAUACUACAGUGGCCUAUUCUACAGCAGAUGUAAAUGUGGGGUUUAUAAAACAUGAAUCUGGAAAUACUUUACCAAUAUGCUCCCAAAUGAAUGUAAUACCAGCAUCGUCAUCUCAGGAGACAAAACCCACAACAUCCAAUGUAACCUGUAUCACUCUGGAUGAUGAUAUUGAAUAUUCCUCUACUGAUCGUAGAUCUACAGAUGUGUCAUCUUUGGUGAUCACUCAAGCAAGUGGUGAGAACAAAUUGUGGAGAACUUCAGACUCUAGUAAACAAUUAGCCUCUGUCAAGAAAAGGGAUACAGGAGAUUUUGCAGGAUUUCAACCUACCAAAGCUGCAUUGGGACACAGGAGUUCGAGCACUUCAAGCUUUUUGACGGAGCAAGAUCACUGUCUUGACAGCAAAAAAAUGACAGAGAAGGACGUAAACAUGGAGAACAACCAUGACUUGGAAGUGAAGCCUGAGCGAGUGAUGCAGGAACCAGAGCUUUGUGACGAGAGUGUAUCUAGUGACAGUGCAGGAAGUGGCAGAGUCAAGAUCAAAACUGAAGAGAAAUCUCACUUGAUUCCGGAGUCUAGUCAAGAUGCAGGCUCUCCUUGGCCAUACAACGUUACCAAGAUCGAGUGCAUUGUCAAGUCUGAUUCCCCCAAUACCUCGGUGAAACAAGGUGAUCCAGGUAACCAGUCAUUAACACUUGCUCAUUCACAGGUGAAUGUAUAUAAAAAGAAAUCCAACAACUCUGAAAAUACAAUUUAUCAAAUGGCUUUCAAGAGAAGUGACAGGAGCAAAAUCUCUAAAGAGCAGGUAGCUGCUUUGGAGAGAAAUAUUCAGUUGCAAAAGAGUUUGUCCGAAGAAUGUGAGGACUUGGGAGUCGAAGAACCGAGCACUAAUGAUUUAUUUCCUGAAGCUGAACUAUUGCUAGAUCCGGAUCACUCUAGCCACGAUAGUCAGUUAGAUUUACCCUGUGAAACAUUUUCACAGACGCUGAAUUCAUCAUCGAGUAGUGAUUCACGAGCAAUGAGUCCUAUGUUCCCAGUCACCAAACGACCGAUGACUUACAAGGGCUCUCAGAAAUCUCAAUCACUCAUAAAUAAAAGUAACAGGUUCACUCCAAUAUUCAAUCCUAAUUAUCAAUUUACCGAAGAAAGUACUAGUGGUACUGUGUCUAGUACAAGACUUGAUAGUCCUGACAACCAAAUCAUCAGUUACAAAUUUCACAAAGGACAAACUAAACUCGGAUCUAAUUCUGACAGUAAUUCCCCAUUAAUGACAAAAUCUCAUAGUCUUAAGGGUAAUGAUAGCCCUGUUGUAUUGUUACAAAAAAUUAGAGACCAGCAUAAGUCAAGUUCUUCAGGGACAAGCACUCCUGUAAAUGGAGGGGAAUCCAUGGCUUCUCCCAACAACGACGAAUUGCCAAACAGUUACACUUCAGAAGAGACCCAAUGUACACAAAAAACAAGUGAUGAUAAUUGUAAAGAUACAGAAGUGGAGACCGCCACUGACUCAGAUUCUAACACAGAUGUAGUUAAUGUCUCUGCCAGUCAAGACAAUAAGAGUUCUUUCAUACCCAUCCCCAAUCCUGCAGCAUCAUCGCCUUUUACCUACGGAGGUAAUAGGAGUAAUCUAAAAAUGUCGAGCAGAAAGGUUCAUGUAAAACAUGAAAUUUGGAAAAGUAUUUUGAGAGGAAACGAUGGAAAAGAAGAUGUGGAUUCCGAUAUGUCAGAUCCUGAUCAAGUUAGAAUCAGUGACAAACGGAGUACUUCGACUGAUGAAGAUCUUCAGUCUGAGGGAGAAACUCGAGCUAAAAACGGUUUAGGACCUGAAAGUGACGAAACACAAUCAACUAGUGACAGAAACACAAGAUCGGCGAAGAAAAGGAAAAGAGGCGGCCCAUCAGUGAAACAUACAACAUCUAAAAGUAAAGUGCCAAAAAGAGUUGAUUCCGAGAGUGUGGACGAAGUAAUUCCCGAUCUAGCUACUCCAUCAAAUAUGUGUAAGAAUGCAGCAUCCCAUCACGACAGCUCCAGCAGGAGAUCAUCCUUGCGUGGACAUAUAAAAAAAAAUUGCCCAUGUUGUAAUGGGUCUACUGAGCGGCAAACCAAAUCACCCCAGAAGUCAAUAACUUUGUCAUGUCCAUCACCAUCUACCAUAGUCUUUACGCUGGGAAAGAAGAAAUCCAGCAGUAAAAGUACAGUGAAGACCAGUCAUAUCACUAAAAAGAGAUAGUCAUAUUUUCUGUCAUGUCCCAGACUAUUGUAAUUAUGUACAUUUGUGUAAGAUUGGAAAGUAGGGUAUUGAUUCUGUGCGUAAGAAAAUAUAUGUUUUUUUGUACUUUGUUUAUUUCAAUGAUCUAAUAUUAUUGUAAGAAGGUAUAACCAACAAUACUUAUUGACUAAGUGUAAAAUUUUGUACAUUGUUUGCGAUGUAUUUUUAUUAACUUGGUACGAUACCAAAGAUCUCUCUAUACCUUGUGCAAAAUGAGCAUAGAGGUAUUAUCUUAGUAUUAGAAUAGAAAAUAUUGUUUGUGUUAAUAAUAAAAUAUUUAAAUAUUGUCUAGUAGUUGCUGAAAAUUUGUAGCGAGGUAGGUUUAUUAUUUGAAGUUUUGUUAAAUCUCUACUAUUAUUUUAGAUACAACUAAGGAUAAAAAAUAUUUUUUCUACUUUCAAAAUAGUAUUUUGGUUAUACUGAAUUAUUUGAACAGCGUCAGUUUCUCAAAUAAAUGUGUGUACUUACUAAUCUCAUAGAACCGCACAAUUACGUGGACUUGGGACUCAAUCUUACCAAUUGCUGUGCCAUGGUAUUGUCAAUAUUUUUGCUUUGGUUUGCUGGUUGGAGGUAAAUAUGUGACGUGUUAUUCUAAAAUCAUUACAAUUUUAAAUUUUUACUAGACAAAGUAAAGCGUAUUAAGUUUUUUGACAAAAAUUUGAUUACCAUCAUCUGUCAUAGCACAGUCGCUAAGUCUAUACAAGUAGCCCAGUAUUAACCCUCAGUGUAUUUUGUGACAGAUUCAGAUGAUUAUUAACAAAUGCAAAUAAAAAUACGUUCUUUAAAAAUAUCCAUUGGUUAUUUAAGAUAAGAUUUUUACUAAGGGCAAAAAUAUUAUACUUCUCUAGCAUUUUCAAAUACAGGUUUCUGAAUAAAUCAGAAAUAUGUUCAGAGGUGCUUGCUGUUCAGCAAGCAAGAGAAACAAUUAUAGAUAACAUAUUUUUGAAGUUCCUUAAGAAAGAGUUAUUAAGCUAGAAGUCGGGACCGUUGAAUUGUUUUGUAACCAGUGAGUGUCAGCUUAAAAGACUGUGAUAGAGUUUGCAUCCCAAGUCCACAGUCCAGGAAAUAUUAAAUAACUGGUGUAUUAUGUACCAGCAUAAAGUAUAUAGUAACAUGAGAAUAAGGCAGGCUCUGAGGUAAAAAAUUUAAUAUUUUAAUUUUAAAGUGCAAUAGUUACAAAUACUAAAAGUGGAGAUAAGGUAACAUUGAGUUGAGUACGAUAGCUGGAACUAUGUACCUAUUUACAUUUAUUCUACCUAUUUCUUUAUUCGUCUAUCAAUUUUAAUUUGUUUCUUUAACUUCCUUUAUUUAUUUCCUUUAUUUGCAUUUUGUGUUACUAGGAUUAUGUUAUUAAGUAAAAUUUACUAGAAGUACAUCUAUUAGCAGUUUACUUUAUCUUAUUACAAGUCGAACAACUACUUUGUCUGUCCUUUAGUUAUAAGCUCUUGUUGAAUGACUUAUGUUUUGCUUUCUAAAAGCAACAUUUUUUCAAGAUUACAACUUUUUUUACAGUUAUUAUACAAAAAAGUGUUGAUGGAUAGAUAGUAUUAUAUAUUUUGAAAUACAUUGUGUAUUAUAAGUAUGUAUUACUAAAUUACAUUCCAGAGAGUAAAUUGUGUUUCUGAAUCACGUUGAACGGAGAUUUGUUUAUUCAAAAUACAUUACAGGUAGGCCUUAUACAACUAUUUACUGUUCAUUAUAAACUUUUUUUGCGUGGCGCCAUUAUAUUUUUGUUUGUGCUGGAAUAAAUAUAUUUGUUACUUCA